GAAUCAAAAUCCGAACCAGAAGUAGAGAGCCACCUUCUGUUUCGCUUCACCAGUUGAUCUGACUGACCAUCGCCAAUCGGAUUCAACCUCACUUUCUGUAGCAAUGGAACAACAGCAGUGUCAUCAAACCCUUUUAUCGCCGGACUCUUCGUGCCCGCCGGCGCCAUCUUCUUCUUCCUCCUCCGCUCAUGCUGAUUCUACUGCGCCAUGUGGAACCUGCCGCAAAUGCGGCGGUCCUACCACCUUUGCUCCGCCGCCUCCUUCCUGGUCGUCGUCGGAAGUUUCACCGCCUCCAAACUAUCGACCUAUUAGAGCUCCGGCUGUCAAUCUCCCUCCGAAUGAACAGUCUCGACAAGCCAUAAUUCUCUCUCCGGUUCCUCACUCGGAGAAGGUACUUCCCGUUUCGCCUCCUUUUCUUUUUCAAGCUCCUUCUAAGAAAAUCCAAUCGCCUGAAGAUAUCCGUAGCUUUAACGAUUCUGAUUCCGGCAAGAAUUUCCUAGGCUUUAUUGUCGCCCUCUCUGAAUCCAUGCGUGGCCACAAAAUAUCUGAUCCUUGCCAUGAAUCGGACACCGUGAAUACCAUUAUUUCAAUGCUUUGCACUUUGAUUGAUUGGGUCGAUGAAAUUCCUCCCACGGAGCAAGCAGCUCGAUAUGGCAAUAUUUCGUAUCGAACUUGGCACUCUCGCUUGGUCGAAAACAGCGACGAUUUCAUGUUACGGUUGCUUCCCGACGAUCAGAAAUCCGCCACUGUUGAAUUAGUACCGUAUUUCACUGAUAGCUUCGGAAAUUCGAGCCGUAUCGAUUACGGCACGGGCCACGAAACUAAUUUCGCUGCCUGGUUGUAUUGCAUGGCGAGGUUGGGGGUUAUUAAAGAAGAAGAUUAUCACGCUGUUGUGGCUAGAGUGUUCGUCAAGUACCUGGAAUUAAUGAGAAAGUUGCAAUUGGUUUAUUGUUUGGAGCCGGCGGGAUCGCACGGGGUUUGGGGUCUUGACGACUACCACUUUUUACCUUUCAUCUUCGGGUCCUCUCAGUUGAUUGACCAUAAAUAUAUGAAACCGAAGUCCAUUCACAAUCCGGAUAUCUUGGAAAACUUUUCUGCUGAGUAUCUCUAUCUCUCAUGUAUUGCUUUCGUGAAGAAAGUGAAGAAGGGUCUGUUUGCGGAGCACUCUCCUUUGCUGGAUGAUAUCAGUGGGGUUCCUGCUUGGAAGAAGGUGAACAGUGGGUUGCUCAAAAUGUAUAAAGCGGAGGUGUUGGAGAAAGUUCCUAUCAUGCAGCAUUUUCUCUUCGGAUCGCUCAUCAAAUGAAGGAUGCUCUCGCAGGUGGCAUUCUGACCUUUUCUUCCUUAAUUUCUGACAGGGAAUAAGAUGAGGGUACCAUUUGUGCAUUUUGUUUGUGGACUUCAAACUACUUCUGCUAACAAUCAUGGAAACCGGGAAAGUAUGUACUUUCUGUUAACUCUUUUAACUGCUAGUCUUGCUCAAGUGCCCUCUUAAGUUUGGUGAAUCCAAAUAAGAAAAUCAAACAUUCAAACUACAAUGUCGCCUAGAUAUGAAAAUGGAAAUCUUCUUAAAAUUUAUUAUAUUUGCACAACUCAAACUAUUUUGUACUUUUUCUUGUAGAAUGCUGUCGUUUUGUGCUUGUUCUUGUUGAA